AUGCAGCUGCCACGCCGCAAACCGUCCCUCCGCACAACCCCCAAACCCCCCCGCACCCUCCUCUCGCCCAUCUCCCCCAUCUCCCCCAAAACAAUCAAACCCCUCCGCCACGCCUCGUUCGCCGCCGCCACCACCUCCGCAUCACCACCACCACCAACAACCGCCAAACCCCCCACCAACACCACUACCAUCAUCUGCAACCUCCGCGGCCAGCCACUCCCGCCGCGCCUCGGCAAACAUCCGGCGGUCACCGCGCGGCUCAGCUCGGCCGGCGAGUACCACAUCAGCGUGCCGCUGCGGGCGAAGAGCGCGUACCUGCGGUGGCGGGUGGCGCAGUGGAAGCGGCAGCGGCGCGCGCACGCCGAGCGCGGCGACCCGCCCGCGUACGCGCAGCGGCUGCUCGAACUCAUUGCGCUGGACGAGGCGGCGGUCGCGCGGGCGGAGGAGGCGCUGGGACGGGGCGAGGAGGUUGAGGUUGUGCGGGAGAGGUGGAGGGAGAGGUGGGGGAGGGAGAGGGGGCGGUUGCAGCAACAACAGCAGACGAAGGGCCGGGAGGAUGGGGUGGUGGAUGAUGAGGUGGAGAGGCUGAGGGAGCGGGCGGAGUAUUUGGCGGGGAGUAUGGAGGGGUAUUUGCAGCGGUUGGCGGAGACGGAGGAGCCGCGGAUGAGGAUGGUGUUUUCGGAUUUGUGGGAGCAGGAUAGGCAGAGGAGGGAAGAGGUGUCGCGGAAGAUUGAGGAGGGGGAUGUUGGGCAGGGUGAGCAGGUGGAGAAAGUACAGGCGCAGAGGAGUGUGAGAGAGGACAGGAUGAGGAGUCUGAGGCCGAGGAAGGGGGGGAAAGUUGUGAAAAGGGAGAAUAAGCGUGCUGCUCAUCGCGUUUAG